UAGCGCUCGGAGCUUGUAUAAUCUCAGCGGAUCGUCAUGGCGGCACAGACCCGUGCUCUGGUGUCCUGUCAGUGGCUGGUAGACGCUGUCAAAAACAAUCUCGUCGGGCCCAAACUUCGCUUGCUCGAUGCUUCAUGGUACCUACCGAAAACGAAGCGGAACCCGCGGGCCGAAUUUGCGCAGAAGCACAUCCCGGGAUCCUCGUUCUUUGACAUAGACGACUGCUGUGACAAGACCUCUGCGUUGGAUCAUAUGCUGCCAACUUCCAGCCACUUCUCCCAGUAUGUAGGAGAUCUGGGCAUCGGGAACGACACGCACGUAGUUGUGUAUGACACCAGCGACUUUGGGUCGUUCGGCGCCCCGCGGCUGUGGUGGAUGUUCCGGCUGUUCGGACACAGUUCGGUGUCGGUGCUGGACGGGGGCUUCAGGAACUGGCUGGCUGAGGGCUAUCCGGUGACAUCUGACUACUCCAAGCCGGAGUGUAGAGAGUUCAAGGCGACUGUGAAUCAGUCGUGGGUGAAGAGCUAUGAAGACAUUCUGGAGAACAUCAGCACCAAGCAGGUCCAGGUUGUGGAUGCCAGGUCAGCAGGAAGGUUCAGGGGGACUGAGCCGGAGCCCAGAGACGACACGCUGCCGGGCCAUUUCCCUGGUACAAUCAACAUGCCGUUCACUUCUUUCCUAGACGCCUCUGGAAAGGCGCUUGGGACUGAAGGCCUGUCCAAACUGUUCAGCCAGGCAGGGGUGGACCUGGAGCAGCCGCUCUGGGCUACCUGUGGGUCCGGUGUCACAGCGUGUCAUGUUGUCCUGGCCGCUCACCUGCUCGGGCACCCUGGGGUGUGUGUUUAUGACGGCUCCUGGUCUGAAUGGUUUAAGAGGGCAUCUCUAGAGCACAUUAUCUCAGAGGGAGAGGGAAAGAAGGUAUGACUACAAGCAAGGCUGUGAUCUUAGUUUUACAAGGGAAAGCAGAAUGUUUGCUGCCAACAAGAGUUCUAGAUAAAGACUAGAAAACUAGCCUCAUAUUGUACUUUCUACUAAUCCUAGGAGAAAGUAAAAUGAUGUAUGCACGCUUAAUAACUAAUUUAACAGUUGCAAGUCAGCAGCUGUCAAAAACAUGUAAUUAAAAUCUCUUCUACUCAUGCAAAUUAUUCAACUUUCCUAAUUUGCAUAUUUACAUGUAUAUUUAUAGAAUGGCCUUAAAUAACAUGAUGGUUUUGUUAGUCACUUUUAUGUCUCAACAUAUGGUAGCUAUGGGACUCUAGAUUGUAUUAAGAUGUGGGAUCUUUUUCUUGGAAUAAGUGCACUUUCAUGAUAGGAGGACAUAAUGUGAAGUAUAGAGAUGAGUUAUUUUACAACAUGUGAAAAUAAAUGGUUUUGUUAUAUAUGGA